AUGUCUUCAAACCACCCACAGAUUCUUUUCACCUCACUGAACAGUCCCCUAGCCGAGCGCUCUGAAAUUCUCGAGGCAUGUACCUCCUUGUUGAGGGCUCUCCUCCCUUUCUUCUCUCCCUCACGAACCAGGUUACGGCUCGGGGCGACAGCAACUCGCUACGAUGAAGCCGGUGCCCAGCUCGAAGGCUUCACAAGACCGAUGUGGGGGCUAGCCGCUUUGCUCGCCGGAGGAGACAGCUUUCAGGGAACUGAACUCUGGCUGGAAGGCUUGAGGAAUGGGACGAACCCUGAUCAUCCAGAGUUUUGGGGUUGGUCAAAAGACAUGGACCAACGCAUGGUGGAAAUGUGCCCACUCGGUUUUGCGUUAUGCGUGGCCCCCGGAGAGUUUUGGGAUCCUCUGACCGACAAAGAACGAUCGAACGUCCAGCAGUGGCUUGAUAUUAACAGGAAGGAAAUGCCGAAUACCAAUUGGCUGUGGUUCCGUGUUUUUGCCAAUCUUGCAUUGAUGAAGAACGGCGCAACAUAUGAUGGCGAGCGCCUGGAGGCAGAUCUUGAUCAUCUGGACACAUUCUAUCGUGGAGAUGGUUGGUCAAAUGAUGGGCCCGAAGAUACACUCCAGAUGGACUAUUAUUCUGGAUCUUACGCCAUCCAAUACCUUCAGCUGCUAUAUGCGAAGAUCAAUGGAGACAAAGACAAGAAGCGCGCGGAAGAAUACAAGGCGCGGGCAAGACAGUAUGCGAGAGAUUUUAUACAUUACUUCGAUGAACAAGGUCGAGCCAUUACUUUUGGCCGGUCAUUAACGUAUCGCUUUGCUAUGGCCGGCUUCUGGGCAGCUGUGGCGUUCGGAGACCUCGAACUUGAACCUCCCCUAACCUGGGGAGUAGUCAAAGGGCUUCUACUUCGCAACCUCAGAUAUUGGUCUCAACAGCAAGACAUCCUUACCACGGCAGGGACUUUCAACAUCGGCUACACCUACCCCAACCAAUUCAUGUCAGAGAACUACAAUUCUCACGGGUCCACCUAUUGGUUUAUGUUGAGUUUUGCUUGCCUGGCUGUCCCAGCGACGCAUCCAUUCUGGACUAGCAAGGAGGAGCCAUUUCCUUCCUCUUCAAUACCGCAAAUUGUGCCCCUGGAACACCCCCGCCAUAUCAUGGUCAGACGCGGAGGACACACCUUUCUUCUCUCCUCGGGGCAAAUGUGUCACUAUCCGAUGCGGGCCUCGGAGUCAAAAUAUGGGAAGUUUGCCUAUUCCUCGGCUUUUGCGUAUUCAGUGCCAACUGGAGGCUAUUUUGUCGAAGCAAUUGGAGGAGACAAUAUGAUAGCUUUGUCUGACGACGCAGGAGAGACAUGGAAGGUCCGGAGAAAGACGGUAAACGCAAGAAUAUCCACGGAGGACAAGUCGCCAGUAUUGAUCUCUUCAUGGGAACCCUGGGAAGACGUUUCGCUAGAGACCUACUUGCUUCCUCCGACCGAGGAGGCACCAAAUUGGCACUUGCGCGUUCACCAUAUCAAGACUGGAAACAGGGUCCUCAAGACGAGCGAAGGUGCUUUUAGCCUGCAUGGAGUGUCGCAGAAGGAUGAGCGAGAACUAGCCUACAUGAGCGACCGGGACGUCGAGGGCAAGAGAGAGGCUUCAGGGGAAGCCUUGGCCCUCUCCAGAGGCGGUGUGGUGGGAAUCAUUGAGUUGCAUCGCCAUCAAAGCCGCAUCGGUCGGGUGCUCGACGAAGAUGCAAACAGCAAUUUGACGGAGAGCAGGUCUGUCUUGCCUAGCCUGGCCCUGGAGCUCCAGCCCAACGCGGACAUUUGGCUGGCCACGGGAGUGUUUGCCAUGCCGAAUACUGUACAGGGAUACCAGCAGAAGUGGCAAGCACAGUGGGACAGGAGACCUCAGAUCCCUGAGUGGCUCAGGCAACGAAUGAAUUAG